UCUAGUGUAUUGUCACGCCCUCGCUUGUGGUUGUGUUAAAAAUAAAACAUUCCGGAGUAAAAUUUAUUAUUUAUUUUUAGGCUAACUGAUUCCUUAAAUAAUUUAGUAACCCUGUGUUACUUGAGUACCCUAAUUAUCUUAAAUCACGAUUGUGCCGUAAAUAAAAGUACUGAAUAUUUAGAUAUAUGGGAAGUGAUAGAUUUAGAUUUUAGAUCGUAAGUCACAUGAUCAGGAAAGAAAAACACGAUCUCUUGAAAACUAUCAAGGUAUCUAAAAAAGUUACAGUAAUUCUUUGCUGAAUAGAGAGAAUCACAUGAACAGCUAAACAGUAAAAAUGUCCUUUGUGGACGAUCAAGCAGGCACAUAUGUGGGGUCAUUCCCCAAAGGGUUUGGUUAUGGACCUGAAGAGACUGACAUCGAAGGAGCAGUGAGUCCUGGGGAUGAGAAGCCAAGGAUUUUGUUGAUGGGACUUAGAAGAAGUGGCAAGUCAUCAAUACAAAAGGUUGUCUUCCAUAAAGUGUCACCCAAUGAGACUUUGUUCCUGGAGAGUACCAAUAAAAUUGUCAAAGAUGAUAUUUCCAAUUCAUCAUUUGUCCAGUUUCAAAUCUGGGAUAUUCCUGGCCAAAUUGAUUUCUUCGAUGCUGCCUUCGACUCUGAAUAUAUCUUUGGUGGAUGUGGCGCCCUAAUUUUUGUUAUUGAUGCUCAGGAUGACUACAUGGAAGCAUUAUCCAGAUUACAGAUGGCAGUGACCCGUGCCCAUAAAAUUAAUGAGAAUAUAAAAUUUGAAGUUUUUAUCCACAAAGUGGAUGGGCUGUCUGAUGACAACAAGAUAGAAACACAGAGAGACAUUCUGCAGAGAGCAACAGAUGAGCUAGCAGACGCGGGGAUGGAUAAUAUCAGACUGAGUUUUCACUUAACCAGCAUCUACGACCACUCAAUAUUUGAAGCCUUCAGCAAGGUUGUGCAGAAGCUGAUCCCCCAGCUGGCUGUUCUGGAGAACCUGUUGGACAUUGUCAUCUCUAACUCAAAAAUUGAGAAGGCUUUCCUCUUUGAUGUCGUUAGUAAAAUUUACAUCGCCACAGACAGUUCACCAGUUGAUAUGCAAUGUUACGAAUUGUGCUGCGAUAUGAUUGACGUUGUCAUAGAUAUGUCUUGUAUAUACGGUGUCAGAGACGGUCUGCUUAGUCGUGCUCGUGAUGAUGGUGCAUUUGACAAUGAGUCGGCUUCAUUUAUCAAACUAAACUCCAGUACAGUGCUGUUUCUUCGGGAGGUCAACCGGCACUUAGCACUCUUAUGUAUACUCAGAGAGGAUGGCUGCGAGAACAGAGGUAUCAUUGAGUACAAUUUCAAGUGUUUUCGGGCAGCUAUUCAAGAAGUUUUUGUGGCUCGCAAUAAACAGGCAAACAAAAGCACUGGCCAUCCACAGAUGGACCAACUUGUAAAUGGACAAACUGACGGCUUGCUGGACUCUUCUUUGGCUGGACAAACAAAUGGGAUACCUGGAGCUAUUGGACAUUCGUUAUUAAAUGGCUCUGUUUUACAGGAGGACUAUGAUGAUUAAGUGAAUUCCUAAAUCCUUUCAACAAGUGAAUGGAUGACAAUUCUAUGAACCUACAUUUUAAAAUCUCUGUUCUCUGAUGAUAAUAAUUUAGAAAUGGAACAGUGUGUGCCAAGAGUUCAAUAAAUCACUCAUGAAUUGUCACUCUAGAAUUUGAAGCCGGAGCUAGAAGAAAGAAAUAUGCUUUAUUAGUACUAGUAGCUUACAUAAGCUUCUCUUUAUAGCUGCCACUUGUUUUUACCUUACUGAAUUUCUUGGUUUAGAUGUAACAAAGAGAAAAAAAAAUUUACUUUGUUCAGUUUUAAUGCUAAAACCUAUGUGUUUACCUCUCUCUGUUUACAAAUGUUUUUUGACUUAAGUAGUGAUUGUCCAGACAUAAUUUCAGAUUACCCAAAGCUAUCUCAGAUUUUUCCGAGCAUGUUUCUUAUGCAUGUCUUUAAAACAUGAUAUCAAAGAAGACAUCACAUGGAUUUCCUAUUGAAGGUUGCUAAUUACAUUAAAAUGGGAUAGAUUCAAUUGUCCAAAUAUUAUGUCCCUUGCAUAUGAUUUUAAAAUUUUACUUUAUGGUUUUAAUUUAUUGAAUAAUAAAUUCUGUUGUUAUAAGUAACUCUAGCAUAAAAUGUGCUUUGAUAAAGGUCUGUUGGGUUUAAGUCAGAUUAGUCACAUAAUGAUUGAAUUAAUUAUUAAGCCUUCUGUGCUGGUUUAAUUGUUUGUAUAAGAAUUAGGUUCACAAAUACAAAGGACUCACUGGCAUGUGCAUUACUUUCUUAGAUGAGUUCAACUUUUACAUUUUUAAAAGCUCUCUUGUGUGCAAAGCAACAGAAUGUUUUUCUUCACCAUGUUUUUCAUAAACUUAGUCAGCUGAACAGUAAAUUCUGCUGAUGUUUAAUUUAUAACUUGUGUUUUGUUUUUAAUGCAGAGUGAGUAUGCUUGAUUUUUGUUUUUUUGUUUUUUCAUGUUUGCUCUAGGUUUGUGCCCUAUUUUUAUCCAGUUUCUUGAAAAAAGUUUGUUUUAAAUGUCUUUAAAUAAGAAAACAUUGGCAGCUUGUAAGAUCAAGAUGUGAUUUAUUGAAGUUUGUUUUUUUAAUUAAGAGCAAUCACUGCAUGUUUUAUACUAAUACAAGGAUGAGACCAUAAGUACGGUGUUUUAAAAAUGGUGAAUAUUGUGUUGAAGGAGUAAGUUAAGUAGCAAGAAAUAACAAUUUAUAUUGUGAUUAAGAAAAUAUGAUAAAAUAUGUUAGAAGUUUUCCUGCCUUUUCAGAAGUUGUUUCCCCUUUUGUACAGAUUUUUCUUCACUACCCUAGGACAGGUGUAUUAGAUACCUGUAGUUAAUUUUUAAAAUAAACCUUGAAAUAUUGUUUUAAGAGAAUGAAUGAUUGAAUUAUUUUUUAUGCAAGUGUAUCAGAUGUUGCAGCUGUAAUUUGUGUUUUCUAUUUCUUAUGACUUUUUAGUGCAAUUUUUGACAAGGGCACAAGAAAGAUUUAGGGGCUGUUAACUCUUGUCUGCAUGUAUGUUGUCUUACCUCCCUUGAUAAUAUGUUUGCACAUAACCAAUGAGUGUUGAUAAGAUGUAUGUGACCUAUUUAAUGCAUGCUGAGCGCUGGCAAUUGAUGCUUUUAAAUUUUUUAAUGUUUUCAUGAAUAAUAAAUAAAAUUUGCAUUAAUAAAAUG